AAAGAAAAAAAAAAAAAAAGUCUUUUCCUCCCCUUUAUAAAGAUAAUCAACCAACAAAGAAAGCAAAUUCAUGUAUAUUAAUUUAUUAUACUUACCCACUAUCUCUCUUCUUUGUUCUCUAGAAUCAAUCGAUCUAAAACAAUGGAAGUGGAACCAGAAUCAAGCCCAAGAAUUUCUUUCUCAACUGAUCCUAUGGAAGAUGAUGAUGAUUUCAUCUGCAUCACCCCCAUCUCCCCAGCAGCAGCUUUCUUAGAGUAUCAAACAGAGAAAUCGAUUCCGCAGUACACGGAUUUCGAAUUCCUGUUGGAUACUUUAACAAGUCAAAACACUACAACAACAACAACAGCAGAUCAAUUGUUCUUCGAUGGAAAACUACUCCCAUUUUCCAACCAAGCUCUGACCCAUAUCAGGCUCAAGGAAGAUAAAAAGAGCCCAGCAGCAAAAGAAGAAGAAGAAAGGGAGAAUAAGCAAAACAGAAUUGGCUGGACUUGUGUUGAUGAAGAUCCAUCUCCUAAGCCACCAACAUGUACUCUUCUUUGGAAAGAGUUGCUCAGGAUAAAGAAACAACAGCGUUCUUCUUCUUCUUCUUCAUUAUCACCAUCUCCUUCUUCUUGUUCAAGCAUUGUUGGUGAUUUACCCAUGAUUGAGGAAGGGAAAGAAGAAGGACCAGGUAGCUUAGAUAAACAUAUCAAGUGGUUAAAGAAGGGUUUGGAGAAGACUAGAAGAUCAACUUCAACUACCAGAAUAAGGCCUAUGUCCUCCAAUGUCUCUACUCCUUCUAUUUCUUCUCCCCCACUCUUUCCCCUCCUCCUCAAGAAAGUAAGGGUUUUAGAGAGAUGAAAUGUUCUACAGGGAGGGAAGAAAGGAGGGAGGAUGUUCAUUAUGUUUAAAUUCUGUUUUCUAAGUUUCUCUGCUCGGUACACUACAGUUAAAAGAACAGAUCUUCAAACGGAUCAAAACUACCAAGAUUACAAAUCUAGGAUUUAUUGAACAACUUCACAU